AUGUAUAAUUACACCGGUGUCGUUGCUGCUGGUGAGUCGGACCCUGUGCCGCCGGCAGACUUGCUGCACGCUCCAUACGGCUUUUAUCUCGUCCUGCUUUUCAACAAGCAUGUGUACAUCAGCUGGCAGAUCGUCAGGAUGUGGGUGGAGAUGGAAGGGGCUUUGGCCAGCCCUCCACAAGCUCUCUCCAUGAACGAGCUACAGGAAAUAACCGAUGACAUUUCCAAACUGACCAUUGUGCACGAAAUCGUACUCAACAGUGACUUCAAACUGCAAGCGGCCAGCUUCUCCCCAAAAAGCCUGCAAAACAGAGUGAAGGAGACAUUGCACAAAGCCUUCUGGGACAGCCUGGAGGAACAGCUCUCUGCUAGUCCCCCAGACUGCACUCAGGCAAUCCAGCUGCUGCAGGAGGUGAAAGAGGCCCUGCUAUCAUUGCUGCUGCCAUGGCACAACCAACUGCGAAGCCAGAUUGAAGGGGCCUUGGACAUGGAGUUGAUUAGACAGGAGGCUGAGCAUGGGGCUCUGGAUAUCCACGGUCUCACCACGUACGUCCUUGGCACAAUGGCAAGGCUGUGCGCGCCCAUUCGAGAUGAGGAAGUACGAGGGUUGCAAAGCCUCACAGACCCAGCUCAACUUCUCAGGGAGAUUUUCCGGGUGUUGGGCCUGAUGAAAAUGGACAUGUUGAAUUUUACCAUCCAGAGCCUCCGCACCCACUUGCAAGACCACACCAUCCAGUAUGAACGGAAGAAGUUCCAGGAACUCUUGGAUAAGCUGCCUAGUAGCCUGGAUUGCACAAGAGAGUGGCUGCGCAAAGCAGCAGCAGAAGUGUCCGCGUCCUCUUCACAGCCGCCGCCCCACCCUGCCGUCGGUGGCUCGCCUGCCGCACACUCGCCGGGGGCCGUCAGCAGUAGCACAACUGUGCCAAGUCUCAUGUCCGUGCUAAAUCGAGGAUACAUGAAUCUGCUCUGCUGGGAGCCUGGGCAAAAGGAAUACCCUGAGACACUGUUUAUGGAUCAGGCCCGACUGCAGGAUGUACAAGCGCAGGUGAAUCAGCUUACCAUCAUAGCUGCAGUCCUGCUAGUGACCAGUGGCAUGUGUGGAAGCACCUUAUGUGGCUCACCUGGGUUUGUAGCUAGGCUGAAACGGGUAACAAAGGUCCUCUUGGAAGGGCUGUCUUGUACCAGGAAUGAAGAAGCUUUAGAAGACAUCGGUGACCAAGUGCUCCAGGAAGUCAGCAGGACUCUCUCGCAGCUGGGUUACGCUGCUUUUACCACUGACAAAUAUGCUUCCCUGAAAGGCCAGAUAAAAAGCAUCGCGGACAAGGGCAACGCAGUCCGGCAUGUCAUCGAGCAGCGGAUUCGUUUGUUCCUCAGCCUUUUCGUUUCCCCUGAUGGACAGAAUUCUCAAAAAGAUUUCCCAAAGGGCCUCGAUCCCAUUCAGGAAGAGCUGCUGGAAGUUGGGCGCAGGUUUGGAAGCGUGAUCCACCACAACAGGCAGGUGUUUGGACCUUACUACUUGGAAAUUCUCAAGGAAGUGCUUCUCCCAGAGGCAGAACCAGGCUCGGAUGCACGGAUGGAUGCUUUCUGAUCAUAUUCACCACGUACUGGGCAGGGGUGGAACACGUUCUCCAACAGUUUCUCAAAUGAUGCUUCAGCUUGUAAAAAUCAGUCGGACAAAUCCACCGGGGCCAGCAUUGCUACUGGGAAGUGACUAUUGGCAUGUCAGUACCUGAAUAAACCUCUCAACUACAAAAGGUAGUGGCUUUUUUUCCCCCAAAGAACCUGCCACUAUUUGAUGGGGAAGGCAAGGGGAUGUAGAGCUCAUAAAACUGCAGGUUUUUUUAAUUCAAGGUGUUAACUGUGCUGUGGGCCUGUAACCUCCUUUGCCGAGAUGUUAGUUACAGCCCAGGGACGCUGUUUGCAUUUGAUAAAGCCAUGUGGUGUUUAGAAUCGUUAAAACUGCUCGAUAUAUCUCAAUGUUAGCUUGAAAACCUGACUUACUGAAUUAUUAGAAAUGGAACAGAUGGUAUAAAUUUAGCAAUCCCUGGUGUAUUUAGUAUUUUACAUCAGCCAGAUUUUACUUGACAUGAAAAUCUGAACUUUGACCUGUAUUUAAAUGUCUGGAUUUCUUGCUCCAAUUUUACAUAAUGAAAAUGUCCUACUUCUUGGCAAGCCAACAAUCUUUGCUGGGUAAAUACUAUACGCAAUGGCUGCCCAAACUGUUACAGUUGUUGCAUGAACCACUUGCUGCCGUGCUGCAGAAAAGUGAUUUUAGUGUUCAUCAUGAGUAAAUUAGGGUCCUGACAGUCCCCAGGGGAACAUUAGUGGGGGUAAAAAUGAGCUUUUCUCACCAUCGUGUGGAGAACGUACACAAAGCGCUUGGAGACCGUUGUGCUAUAGGUCAGUCUAUCUUUAACAGAACAUGGGGAUGCAUUUUUAUGCAUCAAUUAGUUUGUCUCAAAAUAAUAACAUUCAAUAUUUGGGGUCGUCAUUAUGACUAACCGCAGAAAGAGCGGCUGCAGCCAAAGUGAAUACUCGGCAGCCAGCACUCCCCAUCCUGCACGCCGCGUGCCUCGGGACGGCACAAACCCCCGGCUCUGCUGCCAAAGAACUAGAGCGGGACUGCUCCCAGCUUACCGGCGUCCUGCGCUCUGCUUCCACAACCGCAGCGCAUCAUCGCUGCGCAACGCUUCGACGUUUUCCCGUUCCUCGGAUUUACAGAGCAGAGAAGUGCAGGUACAGCGCUAGACCGAGCUAAUUAAACACCGCGUAGCUGCCUGCCCUCACCCCUUUUCUCUUACCUUCACAGGUCAGGUCCGUUAGAUGAGGAUGAGAACAGCAUUGCUCUAACGCAGAUGAGCAGGAGACUCCGGUAUAACACUGAGGUCACAGUGACAACGGGGCGAAUGUGUGUCUAAGUUUUAUUAAUUCAGUUUGUUCUAAGUUGUACAAUUAUGAAACCAACAAAACGACUGCUGGAAGCCCAGGAAUAUUUACAAUCUCGCCUUGUUGUAGUGAGGUCAGUCUAUGUUGUUGCACAGAUUGGUUAUGUUUGGUACCACAAGAUGUUUAAAAUUCAGACAAAUUUGAACAGAUUAACAAUUGUAUAUACAGGAAAUAAAAGGAAAUUCAAGUAUCAAAAUACAGACAGAUUAAAUAACAUUUGUAUUACAAAUCAGUCCCACUGCCAUACAUCACAAUUAGCAAAAAUGUCUACAUUGCAAACUGAACUCGGCUGUUCUCUGCCCUGUUAGGGAAUCUCAGGUUAUUCUUCCAUGGGUAAGAAAAAUGUUUGAGCUAGAUGGACUUUGCAAGAGCAGCACAGUUACUUCUUUUUGGGAAGAAAAAAAAAAAAAAAGCAGUAAGUAAUGCCAAUAUGAGACCUAAAAGGGAGACCUUUUGCAACACGACAGCGUUGCAGACACCGCGCUUGCUCUAAAAUAAAGAUCUGAUUGCAUGGAAAUGAUGCGAGCAGAAGAAAGCCAGGGGAAAUUCUGCUGCUGGAAACUUCUGAAGUGGGGCGGAAGGAGCAUUAGAGCGACUGACGCCACUUCAGCUGCACACAGAACUGGACGUGUUCGGAGGGACUAUUUGGCAUCUGGUCUGUGUCUCAGCAGCCUCGCGAAGGUACAAACUUUUCACUAGAGGUACGUCCUGGAAGGUGCCGUAUCUUCUCCCUGGGAGGGGGACAGGCACGUGCCCCGCAAAAGUUGCGUAAUUUCUUCUAAAAAGAACAAUCCCAAAGCAAGUUCAAAGACAGCUGAACAGCUAAGAUUAGCUUUUUUUUUUGUGAAUACAAAAUUAAAAAGGAUAAAGCAGCUUCAAUUUGGGAAAAAAAAAUAAAUUGUCCCCUCCUGUAUAGAAAAAGACAACAACUCUGCAUCUUAUUUUACCUGUCUUGAGUUCUCAGCCUGGACUGAUGCCACACACAAAUCAAAGUCUGUAAAAUACAAACUGUCCUUAAAAAGGGGAACAAGGCCCAGGGCAGCAGCACCUUCUCCCAGGCAGGUAACACAGCAGAUGCUUUUUGAUUCAAAGUCCCGUUCAGCACCAGAAAUUUAGGGCACUUUCCCUCCAGAUACCACGCAACCCCGUAGGGAGGAAGAGCCAGAAUACUGUGCAAUGGAUGGGUUAACAGAUUACUGGGAGUCAGCGACUGGCAUGGUCCAGGAUCAGUCUCCAGCAUGCAAGUACCUUGAGAAAACCCAUCCACAUAAAAGGGGAGAUGCGCUGCCAAAACAAUUGCUUCGUCUAUGAAGUGAGAAAGAGAGCAUCUGGCUAAAGAACUGCUGGAUCACUAAAGACAACCAUAGGAUUACACGCAGGACUGGAAAGGACCACCAGGGUCACCAAGCCCAGUCCCCUGAAAAUUGGAGUCUUCAUCACCACUUCACCUCCAAGCCAACCUUCAAAAAGCUCAUGCA